AUGAGUACUUUGGUCCACAACACAAUCGAUAGGCUGGAUCGGCCUAGCGCCUAUUACCUGGCAAAGAACAAGAAACGCAAGUACAGCCAGGAUGACUCUGAGAGGACGGAGGACCCAGUCGACAAGUUGAAGGAUGCCACAACACUCUACGUCGGAAACCUUUCUUUCUACACAACAGAGGAGCAAAUUCAUGAGCUUUUCUCAAAGUGCGGUGAAAUCAAGCGCCUUGUAAUGGGGCUGGAUCGAUACAACAAAACUCCCUGUGGCUUCUGCUUCGUGGAAUACUAUACCCAUCAGGACGCCUUGGACUGCUUAAAGUAUGUCGGAGGCACCAAGCUUGAUGAGAGAAUUAUUCGUACGGAUCUUGACCCUGGCUUCGAGGAAGGACGUCAGUAUGGACGAGGAAAGUCUGGUGGGCAGGUGCGCGACGAAUACCGUGAAGAGUACGAUCCGGGCCGCGGUGGUUAUGGUCGGGCAUACGCAGAUGACCAGCGCAGGCGGGAAGAAGAAGAGUACGGCAAAGGUAAGUAG